UUAUUGACUAACAUGCUUUGCAUGACUUACAUUAAAAUUUUCAUGUGCUUCCAUUUGAAGCGAAAGCUUAAUCCCUUUUCUCUCUCUAAAUUUGGAAAAUCAAAUUCCAUGGGAUUUCAAUCUGUUACAAUCUCCAUUUCCUUCUCCAAUUCUGUUUCUUCCAAAUCCCUCUCCUUAUAUAUCUCUAAUUCUUCUCCUAAUCCUUGUCUCUAAUCCAUCGAUUUUCCCCUCUUUUCGAACGAAUCUCUGUAAUCAUGGGAUUCAAAUCUCUCUUCUCCAGGAAGAAGAAAUCCCAUUCCUCCACCGAUUCACCGCUUGGAUCUACCACCGUUCCGAUUCUCGGAUCUCUCAAUUCCCGAGCGCAAAUCGCCGAACUCGAGCAAGUUUUCAAGAAAUUCGAUGUCAAUGGCGACGGUAAGAUCUGUUCCUCUGAACUCGGAUCUAUUAUGGGGAGCCUAGGGCAACCGGCCACCGAGGAGGAGCUUCAGAACAUGAUUAAGGAGGUAGAUGCCGACGGCGAUGGCUACAUUGACCUCGACGAGUUUAUCGAACUCAAUACCAAGGGCGUUGAUUCCGAUGAGGUGCUUGAGAAUCUGAAGGACGCCUUCUCUGUUUACGAUAUUGACGGAAACGGAUCCAUCACGGCCGAAGAAUUACACGAGGUUUUGAAAAGCUUGGGCGAUGAUUGUUCUUUGGCGGACUGCCGCAAGAUGAUUACCGGCGUCGAUAAAAACGGUGACGGUAUGAUUAGUUUCGAUGAAUUCAAAGUGAUGAUGAUGAGCGGUUCUCGAUCGCAAGGCUUCAAUGGUUAAUUUUAAUGCUAAUUGAUAAUUAUGAGUAAAUUAGCUAUUUUGCUAACCUUUUCCGUUCCUUUAUUAUCUAAAUUAGGAAUUAUUUGUUUGUAAUUGAUUUUUAAUUCUAAUUGAAAACAAAUUUAGUAGAAAUUGCAAUUUUUCUUUUUUCAAUUUUUAAUACCAUUAAUGGGGUAGGUUGGGAGGAAAGACUUAUCAA